AUCGGGGAAGAGAAAAUGGGAGGCGAUGCCCGCGGUGUGGCCAAUGAGAGGGAGGUCGGUGUGCCUCUGUCCAACCCUCCAGGGCUGGCGGAGAACGACGCGCUAGUUAAAAAGCUUCGAGGUGGUGCUACAGACAAACAUCGCAAACGCGGCACCAUAGCAAGCGGAUCAAAAAAAACCCCUCCUCUUUUUUUUAAAAGGAAUCCUGCCCCAGGACUGUGCUUCUCGUUGCAUUUAGUUAUUCCCACCACCGACUAUUUGCAGAAGGAACCCCCCCUCCCCCGGUUGGUUCUGCAUUUUGCUGCGCUCGCCUACGUUGGGGUUAAAGAGCCCGCUAUGUCCAGCGUGCAGCAACUCUUCAGCGGCAGCUUGGAGAGGAUGGCGACCAGGAGAACAUUCCCUCACCAAGCCAGUACCGCCGUCUGCAGGAACCUCUUCGGACCCAUUGACCACGAGGAGCUGCGCCGGGAGACCACGAACAAACUGCGGGAGAUCAGCGAGCAGGCCCAGCAGAAGUGGAAUUUCAACUUCGCGACGGACACCCCGCUGGAAGGAGGGGAGUACCAGUGGGAAGAAGGCAGCGACGUGCCCGUCUUCUACCGGGAGAGCAUCCAGCGGGGGAAGGUCCGCCUGCAGUGUCCGGCUCCCGAGUCCUGCAACUCGGAUACGGAGAGCAGCGGUUCCGCAGACCUGGACUCCCCGGAGAUCGUCCACCGAUUGUCAGGGCUGGAGAGCAGAGAGACCAACCAAGAAAACCGAUCGGAUAACUUGCACUCAGGAAUUAAACCAGGCAGACUGGCGUGCGCUCGGAAAAGGAGCUCCACGGGGCGCAUCACAGAUUUUUUCGCCAAGCGAAAAAGGACGAUCGUGGCCAAAGCUUCCAGUGAGAACGGGUCUCUUUCUGUUGUGCCCGGAGAACAAACUCCGCGCAAGAGAAUACGAUAGAAAAAAAAACAGCAGAUAAAAGGACAACAUGAAUAAAAUUAUUUGCACUCCACUUUCUUUUUUUUCUUGGUAUAACGAAAAGAAGUGGCUGACAGCGACCAUCGCCAUCCUGACUGUUCCUAAAGACUGAUCAAAAAGAAGAGGGCACUGACCCGAAUAUCAGAAGAGCGGAGGACUGACCGUCUUUCGAUUGUAUAGUAUGCAUAUACAGUAAAUGUAGCAAACCAGCCCCCAGUGGCGGAAAAGCCACUGCAGCCAGUGAUAAGGAGCACAGCCAACAAUUUAAAUCUGAACAUUUGUAUCUACACUGGUCAAAAGUGUAAUGCUUAACAAUGAAUAUAUUACGGGGAAAAAUAAGUUCUAAAUAGUGCUCUGCUGAUAUCUCUCAGUACAACUCGAGAUGUAUAUUUGUAAAUUACAAAAGCUUAUACUAACUUAUAUUUCCUAUUUAUGUUAAGAAUGGUUUCAUCAGUUUCUGGCACCCCAUGAGCUCCCUUUGGUUUGGGACGAAAGGGCACUCUUGCUUUAUUUACAAAGUCUGUAAAUACGUUUUUAUUUUUUUAGUUUGUGUCUUGCGGCCACAUCAUGUUUGUAGCCAAAAUGUUUAGUAUACUUGAAGGUUGAGCAUAGGGUUCCUUUUUUUUUGUUUCUGAGCCGUUCAUGUACCACUGCCACUUUUGUGUUGGUAAAGUUUGGAAAGACAAAAAAAAUCACAUUUUUUCAGCUGAAUAAAUGAAUACAGUUUAACUUUA